GUUCUCACAUACGUCGCAGAGAUAACCCAGCCUCACUUACGUGGAAUGCUCUCUACGACAAGCACGAUGUCUGUUGUGAUAGGAAUCUUAAGCCAGUUCAUUCUAGGUACAUUCUUUUCAUGGAGAACAGUAACAUUCAUAAACUGCGCUAUCCCAAUUAUAUCUUUCAUGUCGCUCAUGUUCAUACCUGAAACGCCUGUUUGGCUCAUUACAAAAAACAGAUAUGAUGAAGCUAAAAGGAGUAUAGCAUGGCUAAGGGGAUGGACAACCAUUGACAAUAUCGAAAAUGAGUUCCAAGAGCUCUACAAGCACAACAUGAAGACAAAGGAGAAUGUCUGCACAAAGAACAGUCUUGCGAAAAAACUUCAAACUGUGAAACUUUUCGCGAAACGCAACUUUAUUCGACCUUACCUCUUGAUAAUGCUGGGCUUCUUUCUGGGACACUUCAAUGGAAAUACCCCAUUCCAGGCUUAUGCAAUCAAAAUAUUCAAAGCAAUGAGAGCCCCACUAAGCGAGUAUUAUUCAACAGUGCUGAUGGGACUGGUGCAACUUCUUGGGUGUAUACUAAGCGUCACACUAAUCAGUUUCCUUGGGAAGAGGGUUAUUAACUUUAUUUCUCUAUUUGCAUCAGGGAUCUGCUUCUUGAUAGUUGGAACCUACGCACAUUUAAACAAUAUUAAUUAUAUGACGGAGCCUGUGGUAGUCAAUGCGACUACUGACGAAUAUCCACAUCGAUGGAUAUCAGUCACGUUCCUUGUUGGUUCCGCUUUCUUCACUUACCUCGGUAUAAAAAUCCUACCCUGGAUCCUCAUCGGAGAGCUUUUCAGCAAUGAAAUUAGAGCUACCGCUUCCGGUUUGUCCGCAGGAAUGGGUUAUGUCAUUGGUUUCCUCGCCAACAAACUAUUCCAAGAUAUGGUAGCCACUUUCUCGUUACCAGGAGUGUUUUGGUUUUACGGUUGUGUUGGUAUUGUGGGAACCGUUGUAUUACAUUUUGUUUUGCCAGAAACAGAGGGAAAAUCUCUAUUUGAGAUUACCGAACAUUUUGACGGGGGAACUAAGCUGAGAAAGAGUGUGAGAAGGAAAAGGACGUUUGAGGGUAAUGUUAACAAAGCUUUCGAAUCUAAUGAGAAUGGAAAAGUAGAGAGCAAUCUAUAGCAAGAAGAGGAAAACGUAAGCCAAUACUCAUAGUUUAUACCUGAAAAUCUCAUGUGAUAUUGAUUAAUUUUCGAGAAGUUUCGGCAAGACAGAAAUCAAUAAAUAUCAUAUUUUUCGAUUUGUAUUAUUCUGUCCGAUGUCUAUCAAUCUUAGUAUAUUGACUGAUUUUGAAAAUUGUAAAUUGUUUCGUUACAUGGUGAAGUGAAUAUAUUUUAUGAAUUUUU